CUGAGCAGCAGCAGCAAGAGGAGGAGGAGGAGGAGCAGCUCCGGCUCCUGCACGGCUGUGCCGCCGGUGAAGCUCCCAGGCGCGGAGGCUGGGCUGCGGCGGCGGGGAUGAGGCGGUGGUAGGCCCGGGGGGAGAGGGCGCCAUGUCGGGCCGGGCGAGUGGCGCUGCGGCGGUGGCGGCCCCGGUGCUGCCCGCCGCCGCUUCGCCGGUGGUGGUGGCGGCGGCGGCCAAGGAGAAGCGCUCCUUUAGCAAGCGGCUGCUCUUCCGGGGCCGGGUGGGCGGCGGCGGGUCCGGCACUGGGGGCUCGGGCUCCUCCUCCUCCUCCAGGUCGCUGGGCGGAUUCAUGAGCCGCGUGCUGAAGACGCUCUCGACGCUCUCCCACCUGGGCACCGAGCACGGGCCCGCCGCCACCACCGCCCGCCACGGACACCCCCCCGGCGGCAGCAGCCUCGGCCGCUGCUUCCAGCCCAGCCCGGAGCCCGAGCCGCCGCCUCCCCCGUCGCCGCCGCCGCCUCCGCAGCCUCCCGCCACCCAGGAGCUGAUCUCGCCGCCGCCGCCUGCGCCGCCGGGCUCCUCGGCUGGGUCGCUGCUGCUGCCGGCCGUGCCCGGCGUGGCGGGGCUGCGCAACCACGGCAACACGUGCUUCAUGAACGCCAUCCUGCAGUGCCUCAGCAACACCGAGCUCUUCGCCGAGUACCUCGCCCUCGAGCAGUACCGCGCCGCCAACGCCGCAGAAGCCGGGGACGGAGGCAGAGGCGCCGGCGGAGAGGAGGAGGAGGAGGAAGAGGAGGGCGGCGGCGGCGAGAGGGACGUGCCAGCCGUGGCCCCCGCCCGCGCGCCGGAGCCCGCCCCGGACAACUGCAAGGGCGAGGUGACAGAGCAGCUGUCGCACCUAGUGCGGGCCCUCUGGACGCUCGAGUAUACGCCGCAGCACAGCCGGGAGUUCAAGAGCAUCGUUUCCAAGAAUGCCAUGCAGUAUCGAGGGAGCUCACAGCACGACGCUCAGGAGUUCCUCCUCUGGCUCCUGGACCGAGUUCACGAGGACCUCAACAACAUAGUGAAGAACAAUGGCAGACCUCUGAAGCCGCCUUUGGAAGAUGAAGUGCUGAUUGAAGGACCUGCAUUUCCAAUCAAUAGCACUUUUGUCCAGGAACUCUUUCAGGCCCAAUACAGGUCAUCCUUGACGUGUCCUCAUUGCCAGAAGCAGAGUAAUACCUUCGACCCGUUCCUGUGCAUCUCUCUGCCAAUCCCCCUGCCUCACACGCGGCCGUUGUACAUCACAGUGGUGUACCGAGGGAAGUGCUCCCACUGCAUGCGCAUCGGGGUGGCUGUGCCUCUGUCUGGAACAGUGGCGCGACUGAGAGAAGCUGUGUCCAGGGAAACCAAAAUCCCCACCAAACAGAUCGUGCUCACUGAGAUGUACUAUGAUGGGUUCCACCGCUCCUUCUCUGACUUGGAUGACCUCGACACAGUGCAGGAGAGUGACUGCAUCUUUGCCUUUGAGACCCCAGAGAUCUACCGGCCUGAGGGGAUCCUAAGCCAGAGAGGAAUCCACGUGAACAGCAAUCUGAAUCACUUGAAAUAUGGCCUUGACCAUCCUCGGGCAGCUCCGUAUACCCAAGGGAGGCUGGAAAACUCCAAUACCAGGGUGGCGGCAGCAGCAGCGGCAGCAGCAAGCGAUAAGCUGGUGGUGUUGGUUUGCAACCGGGCUUGUACUGGACAGCAGGGGAAGAGAUUUGGCCAGCCCUUUGUGCUCCAUCUGGAGAAGACGAUUCCUUGGGACCUGCUGCAGAAGGAGAUCCUGGAGAAGAUGCAGUAUUACCUGCGGCCCUCAGCCUGUGUCCAGGUUUGUCCGUUCAGCUUGCGAGUGGUCAGCGCUGUGGGCAUAACUUACCUGUUACCUCAGGAAGAGCGGCCUCUGUGCCACCUAAUGGUGGAGCGGGCCCUGAAGUCAUGUGGGCAAGGCGGAACUCCUCACGUGAAGCUGGUUGUGGAGUGGGACAAGGAGACAAAAGACUAUUUGUUCGUCAACACAGAGGAUGAAUAUAUCCCAGAUGCUGAGAGUGUCCGCCAGCAGAGGGAGCUCCACCACCAGCCUCAGUCCUGCACCUUAUCACAGUGUUUCCAACUCUACACCAAAGAGGAACAGCUGGCCCCGGACGAUGCAUGGCGUUGCCCCCACUGUAAGCAGCUGCAGCAAGGAAGCAUCACGCUGAGCCUUUGGACUUUGCCUGACGUCCUCAUCAUUCACCUGAAGCGCUUUCGACAGGAAGGAGACAGAAGGAUGAAGCUUCAGAACAUGGUCAGGUUCCCUCUGAUUGGCCUGGACAUGACGCCGCAUGUGGUCAAGCGAAGCCAGAGCAGCUGGAGCCUGCCGUCUCACUGGUCCCCCUGGAGGCGCCCCUACGGCCUGGGGAGAGACCCAGAAGACUUCGUCUAUGACUUGUAUGCUGUGUGCAAUCAUCAUGGCACCAUGCAGGGCGGGCACUACACAGCCUAUUGCAAGAACUCCAUCGAUGGCCUGUGGUACUGCUUUGACGACAGUGAGGUUCAGCAGCUGGCUGAGAACGAGGUGUGCAAGCAGACGGCUUAUAUCCUCUUCUACCAGAGGCGGACAGCCAUUCCCUCCUGGUCGGCCAACAGCUCUGUGGCAGGCUCCACCAGCUCCUCUCUGUGUGAGCACUGGGUGAGUCGACUCCCAGGCAGCAAGCAGCCCAGCAUUGCCUCUGCGGCCUCCUCCCGGCGCACUUCCCUAGCCUCCCUCUCGGAGUCAGUGGAGCUGAUGGGAGAAAGGAGCGAAGAUGACGGUGGCUUUUCCACCCGCCCCUUUGUGAGGAGUGUCCAGCGCCAGAGCCUGUCUUCCAGGUCCUCCGUGACCAGCCCCUUGGCUGUGAGCGAGAACGGGAUCCGCCCCUCGUGGUCGCUGUCGGCGAAGCUGCAGAUGCGCUCAAGCUCGCCUUCCCGCUUCUCUGGGGACUCUCCGGUUCACAGCUCGGCUUCCACCCUUGAGAGGAUUGGGGAGUCUGCGGACGACAAAGCCUCCACCUCAUGCUUUAGCAGCCUGAGGAGUCUCUCUGGAAGCCACAUUGAGUCCAGCGAGAGCAGCGGCCGGCAGGAGCACCCCACGGCAGGCAGAGCUCCCCUGGCAGUCAUGGAGGGUGUCUUCAGAGAUGAAGCACCCGGGCGAAAGCCAGGCUCGAGCGCGGACUCCUACAGCAAGACUCUGUCGCAGGCAGACAGGAACUGCCCCGCCCUGGAUCCUUUCGAUAACAACAACCAGAUCGCUUUUGUUGACCAGAGUGAUUCUGUUGAGAGCUCUCCAGUCAAGGAGGGGAGAAGCUUCAGUGGAAUGUCCAAGGCAGACAGCAGCCCCCAAAAGGCAGCCCACCCCAAAGACACAUUGGAGUCAGACAAAGGCUCCAGGAAAGGCAGGACAGAUUCCCCAGUGUCCUGCCAACCGGCAGCCCCGCUCCUUCCCUCCAAGAGUUUGCCGAAGGGGUCCCGGACCAGGAGCAAGCUGAACUCCGGCCGGGCUAGUGGGCGGCACGGCUCUCCUGCCCCCUCUGGGCAGGGCAGGAAGGAGGCUGGCUCAAAGGGCCAAGAGGCUGCCAGUAACACCCCUGCUGAGCAUCAGAAGCAAAAACCUGCUUCCUCCUCUUCCUCCACCGCAACAAGAAGAAACUCCUCGGGAUCGUCCGUGCGGGGGCACAACACCCCCACGAGCAAAAACAGGACUUCGGAGCACAGCCUCAGCAGGGAGGGCUCCAAGCUCAGCCUCAGCUCAGACAAGGCUGGGGUUACCACCGGUUCGCGGACGGGCUCCCCGCGGAUCAGCCAGUCGCGGAGCGAGGGCAGGAGACCGGACAGCAAGCACGUGCGCAGCUCCUCCAUGGCCAGUCUCCGUUCGCCCACCACAGGCGCCCCCCGUGCCAGCCUGAGGAGGGACAGCAAGUCGGAAGAAAAGGGGCUUUCUUUCUUCAAGUCUGCCCUGCGCCAGAAGGAAAGCCGGAGGUCGGCCGACCUAGGCAAGACCACCAUGCUGUCGAAAAAGAUGGCAAGCUGCUCCUCCAAAGCUGCCAGCAAGAACUUGCUUGAGGAGAAGCUGGAGAAGAGUGGUAGUGGUGGUGGUGGCGGCAGCGGCAGCCCCUCCCAGCCUCCGAAUGCCCUCCCCUCGAACGCCACCCCGGCUUCUGCAAAAGACAACCCCUCUCCUGCCAAACACUCACUGCUCACGAACCGCAAAUCCAAGUCUUCCCAGCUGGAGGCCAACCCCCCGCAGUCGCCCAGCAGUGGCAAGCAGGCAGCCGACAAGGCCUUGCGCAAACUUCCUCCCAGCAUGCCCUCCUCUGCACGGCCGCCACCAGCCUCUUCGAAAUCUCAGUGAUUGGCUGCUGCUGCUGCUGCUCCUCCUCCUCCUGCAAUCCAAUUGGGUUGGUUUCCUCCUUUGCUUCUUUUUGUUCAUGUGCCUAACGUGUUUGAAGAAAACUUGACUACUGUUCAAGCGCCUUUCGACUCCGCCAUCGUACCAAAUAACUACAGGCUGCUGCUGGUAUUUUGUAGCGGGCUUGUGGGGAGGGGGGGGUGCGCGCCAAAGGACAUUGUCAUCAUCUUCUCUCUUCCCUCUGCCUCAACCCCACAGCAGAACUGCAGUCUGCACAGAAGCCUUCUUGGGGAGCCUUACCACUUUUCUCUCUGAAGAGGGACUCUGGAUUAUGUCAAUGGCCAGCUGUGUCCAUGUUGCAAAGCUACCGCUUCUGUCCCUUCCUUGCAGUGUGUAUGUGUGUCACUGAGCAGGCUGUAGCCUUGCUCUGUGAGCUGCAAAGGGAAACCGUGAAAAGCAAGACGAUCAUCCUGUUCUGCUGUGUGUCCCUCCUCCCCAGGCCAUGUCUCCUCCCCCGCCUUCUCCCCUCCCCCCCCCCGGCACCCCAUUUCCCAAGCUUCUUAAAGGGCAAUAUUUCAACGCUAAUGUUAUUUCUCAGGUAAGCGCUCAGCCAGUACUGGAGGGAACAGAAGAUUCUGGAGGGAAAGGUGCAUUCUCUCUCAUAGAGGGGUGUAUGUGUGUACGUCAGAGAAGUCUGCUUUUAAGUGUGUCUGUCUGUUUCUGAUUUUUUCCAUUCCAGCAGAUUUCUGUAUGUUUGGAAUUUUCGUUUUUUUAAAAAAGUCUGUCCUGCUUGACUCUCUUAUCUGUUCAGAGGUGUCUUCUCGAAAGAGGGAGGGACCAGUUGGCAGCCUGGAAAUCAGCAGGUUGGGCCUGGAACUUCUGCAGAGUGGAAGGGGGUGGUUCAUGGAAUUGUAGAAUUGGAAUGGACCCAAAGGGUCUUCUAGUCUGACCUCCUGCCCUGCAGCAAUCGUCGCAUCACAGGUUAGGUGGAAGGAGGUUGUGUGUGUGUGUGUGAUGAGCAUAUUCUGUAUUCCACAUGGAAGAAUGCUUGACUGCACACACACACAUUCUUUUUAUGGAGCUGUGGAUCAGCUGCUGCUGCAGUCCAUGCUGGAGGAAGGAGGCAUUUAAGCUUUUGUAAGUCCUAGCUGGAACUAGGCUCCUGCUGCCCUUCCUCAAAUCCUUUGGUCCUCACUCUUCUUGCUCCUCAUCUGCCAUGUGGCUUUGGCAAUGAAUGGCCACUCUGAAGCCUUGGGAGGGGGGCACCUUUGUGCCUCACUGUUAGGCAAGCUGUACAAUGACUCCCUCCAUGCACUCUUCCCUCCCUCGGCUCAUUGCUCUUGUUCCCAUGAACUUUCAGUGGAUUUUGAGCUUACAGUGCCCACCUGCUUGUUGCCAUUUCUUUUGGCACAGGUGUGGGGAACCUUUGGCUUUCCAGAUUAUGCUGAGCUGCAACUCCCUUCAGCCCCUGGCAAGUAUGACUGAACAGCUGGGGUGAUGGAAGUUGUAGUUCAGCAAUUUCUGAAGGCCCAGAGGUUCCCCACAUCUGCUUCAGCCCCUGAGUUGGCAGCCUGCUUGCCUCCUGCAGCCUUUGGCUUGAGCAGGGAACUUUGCAGAGGCGUCGCUGACAAGCUGUGCCUUUUGUCUUUUUUAAUGCCGGGCGGCAGAUGGGUUCUUUCCCUUGGCCAUGUCAUCUUACUGAGGCAUGAAGCCUCUGCCUGUUUGAAGGUUUAGUUAACAAGACUUCAGCCCCUGAAUGCAGCAGCUCCUUCCAUGGUUUAUUAUUCCCUUUGCACUGCCUUGGGCUUGUCUUUGUUCAGCUGGGGCUGACACUGCCAUGACCCUAAGUGGUAGAUCCCACUGUACAGCCAGGUUAUCAUCUCCUCCUCCUCACCUAGGAACAAAGGAUCUUGGGUCUUUGGGUCUGCUUCUGAGCACCACAGGCAGCCUUGAAAGGUGGCAGGCAAGGCAUUCGUCUUAUACCUCGGUUGUGUUUCCAGUUGCUGAGCUGUGAACAGGUAGGCUGCAGCCCCAUGGGAACUGACACUUGGCAAAACCCCUCCUCACACUGCCUGCAGUUUGGCUGCUAUGGGGCAACAGCACAUCUCCUUCCCCCUGCCCCCACCCCUUGUGCCCACCUGUAGAUUAAAACCGGAGCUUUUGUGUGCUCAGCUCUUAGGUUGCCAAGCUCAUCUCCUUUGCUUUUAGAUGUUCCUCUUUCUCAAGUACUGAGGCACUACAGUUAGAAGAAAAAUGUCAGCAUGUCCCAUGAAACAUGGUGAGAGAUCCAUGGGCACAGGAUGCCUUAGGCCAGCCUUGGUGAAUCUGGUGCUGCUGCUGGGAUAUGAACCUUGACCCCUUCUCCUGCCCCACUGGCCGUGGGUGUGUUGAGUGGUACGUGUGUGGGGUGAGCGAUUGCUUUCCUUGCCCUUCUUUUGUCAAAGGGACCUUGCUAAGCUUUGUGGAGGUUGGGGUUUCCUUUGUGUUCCUUUGGCCUGGGCCACUUCCUUGUGUUGGGCUGGUUGCCAGUUUUUCAUUGGCCAGCAGAUCUCCCCUCAUUUAGGAAGGGAUGCAACCCUCUGGUCUUCAGCAGACUUCUAGGCCCUUAGCGCUGUCUCUUCUUUUUAAAGAAAGGACACAAUUUCAUCUCCCUUCAGACAAGUUGGUUUAGAUCCAGGAGGGCCGUGGGAUUAAAUUUAGGCCUCUCCUGACAUGCAGCUCUGCAGUUUUCUUUGGGAGUAGGGGUUGGUAGAGUAACUAAUUCAAGGCUCCCCUGAAUAGGGAGGAAAUUGAGCCCCCCUCCCUGGCUCCCCUGCACACCCAGCUCCAUUCAAAUGGCCCGAAAGCCUGUUUCUUCCUAAUUCCAUGAAUGACACCUAGUCACCCUUCCAGUUGUGGGAAGGUUGAGUUCUGCAUCUCGGAAGGCUUCCCAUCCUUUGGGGCUAGAAUUUUGGAGAGUGUUUAUAAUUAGUAUGCACAUUCUCAGCACAUAUCCAAGGGAUUGUAUUAUAGAGGCACCUUGGACUUCAUGUUGCUUGUACUCAGUGGGUGAGAUGGUGCCAACAGCCACUCUUUGUAGCCAUGGCAAAGCACCUCACUUUUCGCUUCUGUCUUUUCAGAUGUAUCUAUGGCUCAAUGCGACUGAGUCGGACUAAUCAUUUUAGGUAGAGAGUGAACCUCCAUGUUCCAGACACAUUUAACCUAGUUUUGUAGGCUCUUCUCUGCUUGGCAGUGCUGAAUUUCUUUAGCAUGGUUGACCACUUAUCUCUCUUGCCCCCACUCCCCAAAAAGCCCACAAUGAAGGUAACAUGCAUGGCCCUUCCCUUUGCCCCCCCCCGCUCACGCAUGACCAUGUUAACUAUGCAAGCAGCUAAAGCUAAGCUAAACCAGGCUGCCCCUGUCACUGCUGCUGCCCAACUGAUGCCCACCUAAGCUUGGACUGGAGCUCUCAGCCCACCCCUGGAGCAGCCCGAGGGCCGAAGGGUCCCAGUUUCUGGCACCCACAACCCUCUCCUUCGUACAGCUCUUUUGUUUACUGAUGUUUUUUGGGGAGGGGGUACAGAAGUUACUGUGGAGUAUUUAAAAGGUUGCAGGUGAUUUCUCCCUGUUCUUUCUGAGGGUGCAUUUCUGUUUCCAGAUGUGAGCAACCUGCUGUUUUCAAAGGGGCUCCCAGCCAUUUGAGGGAUGCUGCUAGCAGCUGGCAGCCUCUUUAAGGAGCAGAUAUCUGGGAUGGCAGAAGGGCUCCUUCCCCACCAUAACACAGCUUCUCUGGAGCCAGCUUUUUGGGGGUAUGAGUGGUGGCAAAGCAGGACUCUCCAGUCCCCUUAGUUUCGUGUUGGUGCAAGGAAGAGCUGGCUGCAGAGCUGGGAAGGUCUGAGAGGAACCUCCUCUGGUUUCUGGGAACGAGGUCCCAGGGAGCUUUGUUGCAAAGAGAGACGUUGCUCCUUAAAUCGGCACCACCCACAGCUCCCAGGCAGCUCCUGCACAGGAGGAGGAAGGGGAGCAAGGGAAAGAGGAGGAGGUUUUUCCACCAUUCUGGAAGCUCUCAUCAGCAGUCAAGGAAGCGUUUUUGUUUUGAAAUGCCAGUUCAAAUCAUGUUAAGGGCAAUCCUCUUUUUGGCUUUGCUGUCAUUUGCCUGUUAAUCCGCAGCAACUUGUCAGGGGUCCAACAUUAUCUGCAGAAGCAACUGAAAUUUAGUUCUAAUCUGCGGUGAGAUGGAAGUACUACAUGGCUUUCCUUAAUUAUUAAAAAAAGUAAAAAAAAAACAAAAAAACAAACCAAAAUCCAUUAGCAUGCAGGGGGUUGGAUUUGACAGAAUGAAGGAUGAAAUGUAAAUUCCAACACCCACUUUUUUCCUUUUUACAAGGAUUAAGCCAACCUGAUUUGAAUGCUGGGUGCUGAAAUGGUUUGAUUGGGCCCAAAAUGAAUUCUCUGCAACACAGCACGUGGGGGCUGGUUGCAAGAGGCAAUUUGGAAAGUCUUCCCUCUUGCCUUUUCUAACUUCUUUUUUUUAUUAUUAUUAAACUAAAUGUGGCACUUGCUGCAUUUGCAUCCUGGGUCCCCAGAACUGGAAGUGGUAUCCAGAGAAUUCAUUUCCUUGGCUGCUGCUCACCAGUCGUGCCUCGUCUCACCUUUGGCUAAAACUGAGUCUUCAGUGCCAUUCCAAAAACUGUGAGCCUCAAACACUGGACACGCUUUCCUGUCUGACAGCUGGAGUUGCAUGUUACAUCACAGGAUGCUUCCUUCCUCCUCUCUCUCUCUCUUUCUCUCUCACCCCCUUAUUCCUAUCAAGAAUUUCUAAGUUUUUUUUAAAACUGUACAGUACUCUGGGAGGGAGGCUGUGUCUCUUCUUGGGGUGGAACCAUUACUAUGUACCAUAAGAGGGUUUUAACUUAUUUGACGGCAAGUGCAUGAGACUGUGUCAAUGCCUUUUAUUUAUUUGUAUGCACUUUUAAUAUGCAGAAUUUAUAUUUUUAUGUUUUAAAAAAUCAUUUCCUGUCAGGAAGAAGAGUUUGGAUACAAGGUAUUGGAUGAUUUAAAAAGUGGGAAGAUGUAAUAAAGUACAAUAAAUUUAUUACAGGG